UUCUACCACCAUUUGAGAAGCAUUAAAAAAUUCCAGGAUCAUUAAAGAUGAAGUUCCUCUACGUAUUCCUCGUUAUAGCCUUGGCCAUCCAAUUGGCAGCUUCAGCUAGCAAUUCAACUAGUACCCACAAGAAUAAAAUAGUCGUGACCCGCAGAAAAACCGCACAUUAAUCUGGACAUAUUGAUCUUCUGUUUACCUUCAAAAUAAACAUACAAAAAAUGUA